UUAAGAUGUAUACAUUUUGUUACAAUGUAUACUUACUUACAGAGUGGUGAAUUCGAAUUUGAUAUUGUGACGAUAUUGGACAGGACAAAUCACAAAACAACUAUUAUCCCAUGCUGUCCUUGAUAUAUUUUAAUUCAGGAAAAGUUUGCAUCCGAGUUAACAUUAUAUGGCUAUUAAACAGGCAAAAAAUAAAUAAUACCCCUCCUGGGAAAAUGGCUCCCCUGUACAGUAACCAGAUAGAUUUAACUGUUCUUAUAGUAAAUCCGGGUUAAUUGAUAACUGGUAGUUCAUCCAGUUUAUAAGGGGGUUGGAAUUCCAAAACCCGUGUCAAAAGUAGAAAAAGUGCAGGAAAGAGCAAUAUCCUGGUCCGUCUGCAAGAUGGGUGGUUUGCUUCAGGCUCUGCUAGUUGUGGUCUUUCUUCAAGGAUGCCACUGUGGGGAGGUCCGCUCGUCCCAUGUCAGAGAUUUAACUUUAUCUGUGAAGGCGGCUGAAAACGAGUCUCAGGACACUGUUGAUGUUUCACCUGGUCAGCAUGAUGAACAACCUGCCAUUAAGUCACUGCAGUGCUCAGACUCUGCAUCCCCUCCUGUUAUUGUGGAGACCUGGCCCGAUCCAGCAGUCACCAGAAUUCCCGCCUUCGCCGAUUGGACUUUCCAUUUCAAAUUCAACCAAAACGUGAAUAGGGCGCCUAGACCUGCUUUUGUCAAGGUUUACUACAGGGUCGGCACAUGGGUAUUUUCAAUCGACGCCUCCGCUGGUGACAACGUUCAUUUCCCUGCCCCAGACACGAUGCAAGUUGUUGUACCCGCGAACUUGAAAGCGCUGCUAGCUGGAGGGCAAGUGUUUCAUGUGCUGUUGGAUGAGGGCGUAGUGACCGGUCCUGGGCCAUGCUAUGUUCCAUCAGCUGCCGUUACGGACCCCAAUUUCUACAAAGUAUUGUACAGUGGCUUGCCAGAUCGAUACCACGAUACUCCGUACUACACAACUCCAGCGCCACCAUCAAGUUGCUCUGACACAGAACGUCCCACUGUCAUUCAGUCUUGGCCAGCUGAUGGAUUUUACUCUUCACUCAGCAUAGCUAAACUAACCCUCAAGUAUGAUCGAGAGGUCACGGUGGCUCAGAGCCUAACAGGUGUUUACAUAUACAGACGACAUGCUUGGCAGUCUGCCCAGAACUGCAAAAUCGUCCAGACGGCUGUAGACACAAUAGAAACAGACUGUUAUUCAUCGAUGAAUUUAGAUGUAUAUGAUUUGGAUGGUAAUGGAGUGUUUACCAUUAUAAUGGCUGAGGAUGUAGUGACUGGUCCUGCCCCUUGUAAUGCUUCUUCUGGUUGGCUUGCUAUCACACUGUACACCGGCUCACCACCAGCUACUGAUGGGGCCCCAACAUACGCAUACAUCACCGAGCAGUUUGGAGACUGGACGACGCGUGACAACCCAGGCUUCCAGCCAACAACCGAAUAUUGGCCAACAACCCAGGAAGUUACGGAAUCCCCGUAUACCGAGCCAGCAACAACUCCAUGGCUGGACUGUGCAAGUAUGGCAUCUCCUGUUGUCAUUGAGGCCUGGACUAACGCUACAGUCAACCUGCCUAAUUAUAGCUUGAUCUGGAAUUUUAGGUUUGAUCAACAUAUAACCAAGGCAACAGGCUCCAGUUGGGUCUAUGCUAAUUUCUACGAAAGCAGCGGACAGUUUAGAUUAGGAAUCCCCACCUGGCAUACUUACCACGUCCGAUUUCCAGCUCCCGACACGCUGCAAGUUCUAGUCCAUGGGCCAAGUUACCUUCCCAUAGGACAGGAGUAUUAUGUCCUACUUGAUGAAGGUGCAGUAAAUGGCGCAGCUCCAUGCUAUAUACCAUCUGCCGCUGUCACUGAUAUAUACCUUUGUAGAGCUGUGUAUGGUGUUGCACCAAAUGCUACUGAUGAGGUCCCAAUAUACACCACUCAAGUACUUGAGGAUUGGACCACAUCAUUGGAAUCUGACAACCCUACCAAACAGCCUACAGAAUUCACAACAGAGGAGAUCGGAUGGUCUACCCACCAACCCCGAAUGACUCAACCACCCCUCUUGCCAUCAAUGGACUGCUCCGAGUCUGGCAUGACGGUCUUCAUCCCCCGCUCUGUGAUUAGUGAUGCCUUGUCGUCUCAUUUACAUUUUCUUGACCCGUCGUGUGUCGGUAGUCAUCAUAACGCCACCCACGUUAAGAUUGCAACAACUUACGACCGAUGUGGAACUUUCAUGGAGGUUCAUGGAGACAGUGUGAUUUUUUUCAACGUCAUCCACGAUGAGGCUGUCCCUGUCGAACCAGGCAGUGUUAUAACCCGAGACCGAGAUAUCGAGAUUCCAGUCCAGUGCAUCAUGGAUUUGGAAGGGUUCGCUGAAAUAAGUUUCCGUCCGGAUACCUCCAAGAUCACAUUCCGCGAGGAUGGUUUCGGCUCCUUCAACUUCUCCCUCCGUCUUUACCACGACAACGAUUACACCACGCCCUACCAGCCUGCUGACUACCCCGUCCACGUCGCGAUGGGUAACAAGCUCUACUUCGAGGCUCGAACUUGGAGUGAGCCUGGUCUGGAGCUGUUUGUGCAGACGUGUCGCGCCACGCCUACCUCCAACUCAGAUGAUUUUCAUCGUUACACUUUCAUCCAAGAUGGGUGCAUUGAAGACAACACAGUGAUGUUCCAUCUAUCAGACGAUCCGGACAUAGAACGUUUCGAGAUUGAUGCCUUUGCAUUCGUAGAUACCCUACCUCAGCCGGUGGUGUACGUCCAUUGUGACAUGGUUCUUUGUAACUCCACUGAUGCAUCCUCGCACUGUGCCAUCGGAUGUCCCACUAGAAGCAUGAACUUACUCCCCGGUGUGCACAGACGCCAUGCCAGAUCUUCGUCUGGUUCCCACGCAUAUGCCAUCACGCAGGGACCCAUAUCCGUGAUGGAUGAUGGGGGGAAAGAAGGAAGUGAGCUGUCGUCUGUUCAGUUGCCAAUCCUUCUGACUACUGUCUGCCUAUUGGUUGGCUGCGUGCUGGUACUCGGCACACUGAUUGUCGUGAUGCGUAAACGCACCCAACGCCUUCAACUGUACUCGCCACUGGCCACUGAAGAAAACUAGACACAGGAACUGUCUACUAGUCUAGUCUUAGUUCAUAAAAGGAAAUCAUUCAUCAAAAUUUUUAAAUUAUGUUUAAAGAAGAUUUCAAAGGAAUCUUAUAUGCUGUUAGGCAUGGGUGAUAUUCAAUAGAAGUUAAUUUAAUGCAGCAAAAUUAUACACAGUGCAGUCUGUCAGUUAAGUUGUCCUUAAUUUCAAUAUUAACAUAAAGUGUUCAAAUAAAAAUAACUGGCUAAGUAAAGUAGUAAGCAUAUAUUUUUUUCUUCAAACUCGUUUGGCAAAAUUAAUCAGUUUCGAUAAUUGUGACUAAAGUUUUUUUAAUUUAGUUUUUUCACCUUUUUUCUUCAUAUUAGCAGUAGAAAAAAUGGCUAAUUACCCGAAAAUUAAAGCAUAUGCCCUGCCGAUUUGGUGAGAAAAAAACUAGCUGAAACUUGCGACUUAAGUGGCUCACGAUUUGUGAGCUUCCCUAAUAAAAAUGAAUGAAAUUUGUAUCAUCAGCAAUGUUGCAUUGAUAUAGUAUAGUCAUAAAAGUUGAGAAAAACAUUGCCAUUUUUUAAUUAUCGUUUAACCAAUAAUUUUUCACGAGCUAAUUACUCACGGCUAACAUGUCAAUUGCGUAGAAAUUAAUAGAUAAAUAAAUCGUCGAAUUAAUGUUGUUGCAAA